CGCCAGCAGGAUGUUCGCCGGCUGGCCCUGGCGGUCAGGAAACAUGAGAAGGCCUCGGCAUUCCUGUUCCCGGGCCGCGCGCGCCCGUCCGGGUAAAUAAAGCCGAGGCGACAGCGGUGGCGGCGGGGAUCGUGCUGCAGCCCGCGCGGAGAACAUGCUGCGGGGAUGGGCGCGCGCCUAGCCGCGGGGCGGGGGAGCCAGCUGCACCGCAGCAGAACUCCAGCUCUGCUGCGGAGUUCCUGGCUGCCGGGCCCCGAGGCGCCGCGGCCGCGCUGCGCGCUCCUGCCAGCCCGCACCAUGAACUCCAUCGUCUUCAACAAGCUCAGCGGCGCGGUGCUUUUUGAAGACAGAGGCGCUGCAGAACGGGAGCGGGGCGGCCGGCCCUACAGCAGUGUCCUGGACAGUCCCCGCGCCCACCCCGAAGUGGGCAUUGCCGACGGCCCACCCCUCAAGGAUAACCUCGGCCUGAGACACCGGAGGACUGGGGCCCGGCAAAACGGCGGGAAGGUGAGGCACAAGCGUCAGGCCCUGCAGGACAUGGCGCGGCCCCUGAAGCAGUGGCUUUACAAGCACCGUGACAACCCGUAUCCCACCAAGACCGAGAAGAUACUCUUGGCCCUCGGCUCGCAGAUGACGCUAGUGCAGGUGUCAAACUGGUUUGCUAACGCAAGACGUCGGCUUAAGAACACCGUUCGGCAGCCGGAUUUAAGCUGGGCUUUGAGGAUCAAGCUGUACAACAAAUACGUGCAAGGGAAUGCUGAGCGGCUCAGUGUAAGCAGUGACGAUUCCUGUUCCGAAGAUGGGGAGAACCCUUCACGACCACACAUGAAUGAAGGGGGCUAUAACACUCCGGUUCAUCACCCUGUGAUUAAAAGUGAGAACACGACCAUCAAAGCCAGCGUGCGCCCCGAGUCGCGGGCCAGCGAGGACUAUGUAUCACCCCCCAAAUACAAGAGCAGCUUGUUGAAUCGUUACCUUAACGACUCUUUGAGACAUGUCAUGGCCACUAGCACCGCCAUGAUGGGGAAAACGAGGCAAAGGAACCAUUCAGGAUCUUUUAGCUCCAAUGAAUUUGAGGAAGAAUUGGUGUCUCCAUCAUCAUCAGAAACCGAAGGCAACUUUGUCUACCGCACAGAUGCUCUGGAAAACGGAUCCAGUAAGGGCGACAGUGCAGCUCACAGAAAGGGACCGAGCAAGGAUGACACGUACUGGAAGGAGAUUAAUGCGGCCAUGGCCUUGACAAACCUCGCACAGGGGAAGGACAAGCUGCAGGGAACCACCAGCUGCAUCAUCCAGAAGUCGUCCCACAUAGCGGAAGUAAAGACCGUCAAAGUGCCACUGGCACGGCCGUUUUGAGAGUGCAUCUGAAGGGUGCUUGUGACGUCCGCGCUUCCCCAGCACUCCUUGGGGUGCAGGUGACUCCUGCUCAAGCCUCCUCUUAUUUUAAUUGUCCUAGAUAUAACAGUUAGCCGCUUCUAUGAAAGACAUAUAAAUUAUAAAAAACUCAUUUUAGUCAAAAAUAUUAACUUAUUUUAUGUUAUUCAAACUAUGCAUAAGACGUCUGCAUUCCCAUUAUAGUAAGUGCCUUGCUUUCCAAAAACCAGCUGCAACGUGGGCAUAGUGGGACAGCUAUGCCUCAAAAUGCCAGUGUCCUAUGCGUAUUAGUCUGUGUACAUCACUCGGACGAACCUAACCAUUUCAGGAUGAAAUCAGAGUUCUUGAAAGCCCUUGAAACAGACUCAGUAAUUCACAUGUUAAAACUUAGGUAUCUGCUCAGUCCAGAUGAAAUGUUCCUUUAAAAAAAAAAAAAAAAAAAAAAAAAAACUACCUGAUUGAAAAUUGUUCAGUGUACUUUUCACAGUGACUGAGAAAAUUUUAUGCACAUAUUUUGCUUGCUUGUCUGAUAUGUUACCAUCUUCCAAAAUGAAAGGUGCAGUGAUCCACAAAAUGAAUCAUUUAAGAAGUGAUUACUACAAGCUGAUUGGAAAUUGCAAAGAAUACACGAUGAUCAGAAAAAAAAAUUUUCAAGCACUGCUGGAACACCACAAUGCCUUUUAGAAUUCAUUUGAAUUUUCUUUCCCUGAAGUUCUGCUGAUGUUUUAAAAAUACUUUAUUAUAUAAAUAACUGAACUUUUUCUGUAGAAAACCAAACCUAUAGUUUAGUUUUUAAACAUAAUCCUGUUUGUAUUAGAGUUCAGUAUUUUUUUUUUGUUAUGGAAACUUUCACGUGGAAUGACUAAAAAGCCUUUUAUUUGGUUCAUUUCAAAAUUACAAUUGCUGAUGGACAAUUUGUAUUUCAAUAAGAAUAAGACAAUGAAGGAAAUGUAUCUCUGUGAAUAUACUUAUAUACACAUAAAAUUGACUUUUAAAUUUAAAACAUAUGGGAAACAAAACAUUGAGCAGUCUCUGGAUUUGGCCAAGUAAGAGAUUUAAGUAAAAAUUAAAUGAAAUCAUGCAUUAAGAGAAAGAACAUUUCAUUUCUAAAUUAGAUGAUCAUUGAGUGAGAACAAUCAAUAUCAACAGCGAACAGUAUCUUUUUCAAUCAAACAGUAAUUUCUAAUCAUCUUGGGAAAACUUGAAACUUUAAACAGUGGCAAUGCCAAAUACAACAGAGUAUGUGUGCUUCAGAAAAGGAAAGAAAGACUGCAUUCUUCUAUGGUGGGACUUUUUUCCUAGGUAUAUAAUUUUUGUAAUUUUUUAAAACUGGAAAACAUUUUUUUUGUAAGUAAGAGCCAAUAGUACAGCCAUAUGGUGACAUUUUUCUUUAUUUCUCAAAAUCCUUUUAAAACCAAAGGCUGCUCUGGUUGAAAUAUGGACUGUAUCAAUCUCGAUAUAAAUUGUAGGACAGUUUUUUUAUGUAACAUAGCAUUUGGGGAUUGGGUUUAUUUCGUGUAAUGAAGAUAAUUUGAUAUGAAAAUAUUUUGUGCAUAUUUUUACUUUGUUUUCUAAUUUGCGUUUUACAGUAACAGUAAAUGCAAAGCAAGAUAUGUAAGUUAUGACUGUAUGAUCAGAGGAAGUAUGAGUUCUUUUUGGUUUACAACUUUAAGUAGUUAGAGAUCCAGGGGGAAAACUUUGGAAUUGUUAGAAAACAGUUUUUUGCCAAACUGUGAGCAUGCCAAUGAAAACUAGGGACAAGUACUUCACUCUUUUUUCAUACUAUUAUAAGUUAUUAUGGUAUUAAAUAUUUUAAUAAAAGUGUUUUUGUUUUAACAUAUUUCAUGUAGAUGAAUGAAUACUGGUUGUAUUUAAUCUGAAUUAGUCAUGAUUGAUUUUUGUCAUCUUUUUGUAAAAACCAGCAAACUUAUUCUUUGUAUAAAUCUUAGCUGACAAGCCAUUACAGGACCGCUAUCAGAUGAUUUCUUUAAAGCACCAAAACUUGGAGUCUGUUCUGUAAACACAUUGAGAAGAUUUUAUAAUUAGUACAUCCUUGGCAAUAGCUCCAAUUGCAAUUACUUUUAAUUUAUUUUUUUUUCUUUUGCUGCUUUAACAUUUCUGGAAAUUAAAGUCUCCCCAGUCCUUUAAAAGAAUCUUGAACAAUGCUGAGCCAGCAGCUGAGAAUCUAUCUCAUAAUUUAUAUUGUAGAAAAAUAGAAUUACCUCUUCUUUAUUUUGCUGUAUUGUAAUCAUUUUAAAAUGAAUAACUGCCAGAAUUUCUUGACAGAUUUAAAAUAAAAGUUAAUUUCUAGACCUCAA